UGUAUGAUGCAAUGUUCCGGUAGUAUUUCAGUGCUCUUCGCUAAUAUUCUACUUAUGGGUCCGCAAAGCCCUUCUGUUCCCCCGAACAUGCAUAACAUAUACUAGUCUAAGUUUCGUUUAUAACCAUUGAGCUAAAUUAUUCAUGAUUCCGGCUAUUAGCCUCUUUUAACACCCUGUAACUUUUUUACAGAUGGCUAAAGGUGGGACUGUAAUCUAGUUGUAUAGUGUAUAUUUUUUUCAGAGUCUCACAGCAACAUUUUCGUUUUGUAUUUACUUAAUUUUUCUGGGACGUGGAACAAAUAUGGAGGGACAUGAAACUCUGAAUUUAUCUAGACUGAAUUUAGAUAAUUUACAACUGGAAACUUUCAGUGAAGAAAAGAAAAAAGAAACACACCAACUGUUAUUACCAUACAACAGGUUUACAGUGCUACCGCCAACCAUAUUACAGUUCGAAAAUCUGCAGUUUUUGGAUAUUAGUAACAAUGGACUAGCAUUUAUAAGCGAAGAUAUUUUGAUGUUGUCAAAGUUGAAAACACUUUUGGCCAAGAACAACCGUCUUGAUGAUUUCUCCUUACCCAAGGGCUUGGGACAGAUGCAACUGGAGGUAGUCAACUUCAGUGGUAAUCGAUUUCAAGAAAUACCCACUCAGCUGUUCGAGUUACAGAAGCUGAAAUCUCUCUCAAUGGGAGGCAAUAGGCUUAUAGGCAUACCACCAGAUGUAGAGAAUCUGAAGAGUUUGGAACAUCUUUACCUUGGAGGUAAUAACAUCAUUGCUGUACCACCUGAACUAGCAAAUUUGCCUUGCCUGAGCUACCUUGUGCUCUGUGAUAACAGAAUUCAAAGUAUCCCCCCUCAGCUGUCUCAGUUACACUCACUGCGAUCCCUCAGUCUGCAUAACAACGUACUAACGUUUCUUCCACGGGAGAUACUUAACCUUGUGCAUUUAGAGGAACUGAGUCUUCGUGGGAAUCCACUGGUUGUACGUUUUGUUAGGGACCUGACCUAUAAUCCUCCCUCACUUCUAGAACUGGCAGGACGUACAAUAAAAUCUCGUAAUAUUUUGUACAAUGCACAGGAUAUGCCUGAAAAUCUUGUUCGGUACCUUGAUCUGGCCAGCAAAUGCCCCAACCCCAAAUGUUCAGGUGUUUAUUUUGAUUCUUGUGUUCGACAGAUCAAAUUUGUUGACUUCUGUGGAAAGUACCGCUUGCCACUCAUGCAUUAUCUCUGUUCACCAGAAUGUUCCUCACCAUGCAGUUCCAAUUCUCAAAGUGAAUGUGACUCUGAAGAUGAAGCUGCCAUUCCGGCAGACAGACUGCAGAAAGUCCUUCUUGGAUAAAUUAAAAAAAGUGGCAUAUUGUUUGCACAGAAGACAAAGAGAAUAUUAAUGAUCCCGUAGAAAAAGUAUUUUUUCUGGAGUAGCUGAUUUCAUAACCAUUCUCAUGCCAAGUACACUUCACUGUUGUAGAAUUCUACCGUUUGAAAGGUGGAACUUUGUUUUUUAGCUAGUACAGCAGUUCAAGAGAUGCAUCUUGCUGAAUGUGUCACAUUGCUUUAUAUGUGGUUACAUGAAGUGCAACUGCAACAUAAGAAGGGAGAAAGAUCCUCCGAAAAUCCCGAGCAAAUGCUACCCCCUACUGAUGAACCACAUGGGUUUGUGAAACUAAAGUUCUUUGCAAAGUCAAGACCAGUGAACAUUUAUUUGUCCUGUUGGUCUUUGUAAGCAUUACAAACAGUGAAGUUGUCAAACUGAUGCAGGGCUGCCACAAUGCUUGUUUUGACAAUAAUAUUCUUGUGUAAGGCAAAAUAUCUUAAGGCUUCUUGUAUCUUACAAGAAGAUCAAUAAGAGUUACUAAGAAAUUCACUUGUAAGUACUUCAUAGGGUUGCUCAUUAAAGCAUUUUGUUUCAAUUCCUAGCCAUCUGUUAGCCUACAUGUUGUAUGGCAAUAUUAUGAAAUAAACUGAAGUGUGUGUGAGAAAGUAUUGAAGAAAUAGAGGGAGGAAAUCGACAUUCAGGACAGUUAACUCCGUUUUUCUACAAUAUGUCCUUGAUGCUUAGUUAA